CCUCGUCCUCCUCGUUCGUCCUCAGUGCAGGAUAACGAAGCAGUCAUCUUCUCCUUCGCCUUUAAAACAAGAAGAAAAGCGAGCGACACCCUACAGAGAGCCACAUUAGAUCCGCUGCUGUCAUCCUGCCCACCACACGACCGGUGAAGAAGUUUUCCUAGAGCUCUCUGGACAAUCGUCAUCCUCGCUGCUGAUCAUGGAUCUGCUGUUGCGUCGCUGUCCGUUCCUGGGCCGUGUGCCCCAGACCUUCUUCCAGCAGACCAAAAAGUCUCUGAUGGGUUACGCCCAGCGAUGCCCCGUCAUGAUGGAGCUGGCUUCUAAACCCAUGGCUCCGUCGAUGGCACGAGCCCUCUGCUCGUCUUCCUCAUCCCACCAGGACACUGAGAACACCAUGUCUGCCAGUGAAGGCCCCAAGCUGCCUUCUGGACACCCUAUCCCACCCCCAGGCCAGGGCAUGGCCUCCAAAUGCCCUUUCCUGGCUGCUGAGAUGGGCCAGAAGAACAGCAGUGUUGUCCGUCAGGUCGGCAUUGAGUUCCAAGAGGAUGUUCAGGAAAUCCGCACCGUCCAGAAAGAAGUGUCCCCUGCCCAGCUGAAGGAACCAUCCUUGACUGGCACCCUUAAGGGAAGUGGAAAUGCGCAGACUGAUCUAAUGAAGACCCUCUUGAAGCAGCGUCCUAAAACGGUCUCCCACUUGCUGCAGGACAACUUGUCAGGCAGUAUGUCCCGCUUCCAAUACGAUAACUUUCUUGAGAAGAAGAUAGUGGAGAAGAAGAAUGACCACACAUACCGUGUGUUUAAGACCGUGAAUCGUCUGGCCAACGAGUUCCCGAUGGCCGACGACUUCACAGGCUCUCUAGAGGACAAGAGGGAGGUGUCCGUUUGGUGCAGCAACGACUAUCUGGGCAUGAGUCGACACCCACGGGUCACGCAAUCCAUCAUGAAUACUUUACAAAAGCAUGGCUCAGGGGCGGGAGGAACCAGGAACAUUUCCGGGACCAGCAAAUUCCACGUGGAGCUGGAACAAGAACUGGCUGACCUUCACAACAAGGACGCUGCGUUGCUUUUCACCUCGUGCUUUGUCGCCAACGAUUCCACCCUCUUCACCCUCGCUAAGAUGCUGCCAGGUUGUGAGAUCUACUCUGACGCUGGCAACCAUGCCUCAAUGAUCCAGGGCAUCAGGAACAGUGGCGCAAAGAAAUUUAUUUUCCGCCACAAUGACGUCGGCCAUCUACGAGAGCUCAUACAGAAGGGAGACCCCACAAAACCGAAGAUCGUGGCCUUUGAGACCGUCCAUUCCAUGGAUGGUGCCGUGUGUCCGCUGGAGGAGAUGUGCGAUGUGGCUCAUGAGUUUGGUGCCAUCACCUUCGUAGACGAGGUUCACGCUGUGGGCCUGUAUGGCGCGAAAGGUGGCGGCAUUGGAGACAGGGAUGGCGUCAUGCACAAGAUGGAUAUCAUCUCAGGGACACUAGGAAAGGCCUUCGGCUGUGUGGGCGGCUACAUUGCGAGUACCGCCGCCUUGGUGGACACGGUGCGUUCCUACGCGGCGGGUUUCAUCUUCACCACCUCUCUGCCACCAAUGCUGUUAGCAGGAGCCAGGCAGUCGAUCCAGGUCCUUAAAAGCGAAGAGGGUCGCACACUGAGGCGGAAACACCAGCGCAACGUCAAGCUGCUCAGGCAGAUGCUGAUGGACUCCGGGCUGCCCGUGGUACACUGCCCCAGCCACAUCAUCCCAAUCCGGGUAUCAAACGCUGAGAAGAACACGGAGGUGUGUGACAUCAUGAUGAGUCGCCACAACAUCUACGUGCAGGCCAUCAACUACCCAACCGUCGCCAGGGGAGAUGAGCUCCUGCGUAUUGCCCCAACACCUCACCACACCCCUGAGAUGAUGAAAUACUUUGUUGAGAGGCUGGUGCACACAUGGAAGGAGGUCGGCCUGCCGCUGAAGCCUCACUCCUCAGCAGAGUGCACCUUCUGCCAGCAGCCGCUGCACUUCGACCUGAUGAGCGAGCGAGAAAAAUCGUACUUCAACGGCCUCAGCCACCUGAUCUCAGCCUGCGCAUAACACUACUUACUACUGCUGGCUAGAGAUGGCACAUGUUAUCUCAACACCCAUUCCUCUGUCACUGUCAGAAUGUAUUAAUUAUCUUUUAUAAGUCCUCCUACACAUAUUAUUUAAAAUAGUCUAUGAUCAGAUGUUAUAUAACCUCAAAAUAAAAUUUGAGAAGAAGAG